AUGCCGCCCGAUACAGUCUAUGGUUUCCCACCGGAAGCAUUCGAUACGUCCCUCCUGCCCGACAUUGAUCGAGAGUUCCUCAAGCCACAUGACAUCGAAGCCUUCGAAAAGGCGCUCCAAGCGCCCGACCCGUUGCACAGCCCGACGGACGAGUCUGCCGGUCCCAAGUCGCCCAGGAGCGGUACCAGCUCCGUCAACCUUACGAAACGGAAUUCCCAGGCCGGCCUAGACGACGGCAAUGACCACAACAAUGCGGAUGCAAUUGCGGCAGCGGCAGCAGCCGUUGGCGGAGACUUGCCUGAGCCGAUGGACACGCCCAUACAGGGAACCUUCUUCACAGCCCAAAACGACUGGGCGCCCAUAAAUCCAGCAUCCUACAAACGACGCAGGUCGUCCAAGAAAUUCAAGCGCGGAAAAGGCGCCAGCAAAGCCGUGGAGGGACUCCUCGGCACGCGAACCAAGGACGAGACUCGGGAGGGAUACCUGUACCAGUUGUCAAAGUGGCCGCUGUUGUUUUUCGUGUUCGCCUGGCUGACGGGCCUGGCUGUCGCUUACCUCUCGACGAGGUGGUACAUCUGGGUCUACGAGCACUUCUUCACGUGGCGCGGGCGGAGGGAGACGUUGCGGCGGAACAUGCGUAGGGCGUCCACGUACAAAGAGUGGGUGGCUGCUGCGAGGGAACUGGAUGCGUUCUUGGGACGACAGACAUGGAGGGAGGAGAAUGAGUUUGCGUACUAUGAUUCAAAGACGGUGAAGAGGGUGUGGGAUCAGUUGAAGAAGUUGAGGCUCAAGGCGGAGGAGCAGGAGGCCAACAGCGUGCAGCAGAAUGGGGAGCAUAGAACGGCGAUGGAGGAUCUCAAGUCCUUGGUGGAGGCGUGCGUCAAGAAUAACUUUGUUGGUGUGGAGAAUGCGAGGCUUUAUAGUCAGACGUACUAUGGGACGAAGAAUUUGGUGCAGAAUUUCAUUGAUGAAGUGGAGAGGAGUGUCAAGUUAUUGCUACGAACGAAGCAGUUACAGGCAGACGAGAAGCGACUUCUUUUCAAGCAUGUUUACGCAAACUUUGGUCGGACGGCGUUGUGUCUUUCUGGGGGUGCUGGCUUUGCGUACUACCAUCUUGGUUUGGUUAGAGCUCUGCUGGAUGCAGAUCUACUACCGGAUGUCAUCACUGGCACGAGUGGCGGUGCGUUGAUUGCUGGCCUUGUGGCGACUAGAACAAACGAUGAGCUGAAGAAGCUUCUUGUUCCGGCGCUCUCUGAACGCAUCAAUGCCUGCCGAGAGCCAGCGACGGUUUGGCUUCCUCGAUGGUGGAAGACUGGCGCACGAUUUGACUCUGUCGACUGGGCUGAACGGUGUAGCUGGUGGACUAGAGGUUCCAUGACCUUUCGCGAAGCGUACGAACGAACCGGCCGUAUUCUAAACGUUACUUGCGUUCCCGCCGAUCCUCACUCUCCGACCAUCUUAUGCAACUAUCUCACUUCCCCGGACUGUGUCAUCUGGUCUGCGGUUCUCGCCUCCGCCGCUGUGCCCGGCAUUCUCAACCCCGUGGUUCUCAUGAUGAAGCUUCGCGAUGGCUCACUCGCCCCUUACUCCUUUGGCCACAAGUGGAAAGACGGUUCGCUCCGCACCGACAUCCCCAUCAAGGCUCUCAAUACUCAUUUCAACGUAAACUUCACCAUCGUGAGCCAAGUCAACCCUCAUAUCAACCUGUUCUUCUUCUCGUCCCGCGGAUCGGUCGGCCACCCCGUUACACACCGCAAAGGUCGAGGCUGGCGCGGUGGCUACCUCAUGUCCGCUUUCGAACACUACCUCAAGCUCGACAUGAACAAGUGGUUGAAGUUUGUGCGUCACGCCGAACUUCUCCCCCGUCCGCUCGGCCAAGACUGGAGCCAGCUGUGGCUGCAGGAAUUCAGCGGCACAAUCACCAUCUGGCCCAAGUCUGUGCCAAGCGACUUUUACUAUAUUCUGUCCGAUCCUGAUCCCACCAGAUUGGCACGCAUGCUUCACCAGGGCCAGCAGAGUGCGUUUCCCAUGUUGAAGUUUGUGGCCAACAGGUUGAAGAUUGAGCGGUUGGUGGAGCAGGGGAGGAGGGAGACCAGACCGUGGGUGAGGAGGGGCAGUAUUCAAGCCGUUAUGAGUGAGGAGGAUUUAAGGAGCUUGUUGGUUGGGGAGAUGGCUGGGGCGACGACGGAGGAGGAUACAGAUGUGGAUGGGGAGGAGGGCAUCACGUUGACUGCGUUGGAGGAGGAGAAGAAGAACUGA